AUGCAGGUUGCCCGAGCGUCUCGUCGAAUGCAGGAGAUGGUAUACGAUGAUACGAGAUGGGUGGCCCGAUUGAAGAGCAUGGGGUGCUGGGACGAGCAAGAGGCGAGACGUCGGUUCGAAGAAGCUGUGAAGAGGAGGCGAGAAGCGGCCGAACGCGCAGCGAACGGAGCCAAUAACCAGCCAGGCGCUGCGGCGAACCACGCGGCACCGAAACCGACAAGUACGACCUUGUUCGAUGCCACGGUCGAGGAAGAGCGCCAGAAGCGCCAGUCCGUUGCCGGCCCUCCCAUCGACGGCUUCGAGCGAAUGACGGUCGGAGCACCUACACCCAAAGACCCGUUCAAGGAUCCAGAGGCAUUGUUGGAUGUGAUCAAGAACGCAAAGAGCGUGAGGGGGCAUGCGAGGGAGGAGUACGGGAAGAUUUACGGCGCGCUGGCGCCCUUUUACUUUGACCUGGCUAGGGCGAAGAGCCACACGGAUCCCAUCGUUUUUCAGGUGUUCCGGGAUCCCGAACGCCAGGCGAGGAUGAUGUCGAACCUGCAGACGUUUGCAAAGAGCGACUGGGCGCAAGGAUGGAACCAAAGAGAGGAACGACUAAUGACCAUGACGAGCAUUUUUGAGAGCGCGGUGCUUCGGGAGUUUGAGCAGGGCUACGAGGUCUGGGACGUUGAUGGCAGGAUGAAGCGGUAUGCGCAUGUGCUGCACGCGCUCAACGGUGGCAACGCGGGGACGGAGCUGUUCGUCCAGAAGCACCCCAUCUUCAGCGACCGCGACGUCCUGACGGCGAAUUCGGUGGACUGCAUUAACCGGGCCAACCCGGACGACGUCAACCUGGAGCCGUCACGUGCGUUCUUCGAAAUGCUGCUGCGGAAGAUGAACGAGCAAGCGGACAUUAUCGAGCGCAUAUUCGCCAACCCUGACGUGGUGUUUUGGGAGCUGAUGGAGAAGGUCAGGGAGGAUAUCAUCAUGGACUACAUCACCCCCCUGUUCGACGCCACGCAUGAUCGGAAUCUACUUUCGUAUCUGAAGGCUGUAGCCGGUGUAUUUGAGCAAGGUAUGCUCUUCUUUCAAUCGUUGGCGAUGCCGAAAGCCUUCAAGGGGAGCCUCGAGGAGAAGGCAAAGGAGAUGAUGCUGAGGGUGUUUGAACCGCAUCUCGACCUGUACCUGCAGGAAGAACUUGACUACUUCACACAGCAGGCCGAGUCGGAGGUUGCGGAGUGGGAGAAGAAGCUUUCAGAGCAGGACGCCUCGGUUGAGUCGUUUUACAUGAGCAACUUCAACAGGCAGGCGGACAAGAAGGACUUUCUCAGCUCCUUCAAGAAGGUGGUCAUGAUGCCAGUGACCGUCCUGCCCUCGUUUGGGACCUCGGCAGCGAAACCCACGACGCCAAACGGCACGUCUGCCACCUCGCCGCUGCCGUCCAGACCACAUACCCCCGGUCUUGCGCCCGGCGGUGUGGACGGCAGCGGACGGCUCAGCCCGCUUCCAGAAAAGGCCCCCACGGACGAGCUCGCGGCCAAGGCUGCGCUCAUGGCGUCGCGCAUGGAGGGCAUUAAGACGCUGUUCAGCAUCGAGGUGGCUCUCAACCUAACACAUGCCGCCAAAACGAGCAUGGCGCGGGCGUCCAGCUUCAUCAAGCUAGGGGGCCAGUACGGCGAGGAGGCUCGGGAGCAGUGCGAGACCAUCUUCGUGGUGAUGCUCCGCAUCCUCGGCAACAGGCAUGUCAAGCUCGGCUUCGACAAGGCCGUCGGGCACCUCUCGCACUACAACCCGCGCGAGGUCAGCGACCACAACCAGUCGGGCGUGGCGCCGCUCGUGACCUUUAUCGAGCUCGUCAACGUGGGCGACCUCAUCUCGCAGAUGAUUGACGUGUUUUACGAGCAGCAGCUCGCGGGGCCCAAGAUCGCCGACAAGAACGACUUCCUCGACCCGGCGGGCAUCGCCAAGAAGAAGUGGGAGCAGAUGCUCGACGAGAGCGUCGCGGCGGGGCUGAACAAGGGCAUCGACGUGCUCAUGGACGAGGUCGAGUACCUCCACGGCACGACGCAGAAGCCGACCGACUACAACCCCGAGGAGACGGGCGGCAUCCUCGCGGACCCGGGCCCGACGCCCACGGCGCAGCGCAUCAAGGAGCUCGUCUCGGCGCACACGCGCAUGCUCGUCGGCAGCACCGACAAGUCCAUGCUCGAUGUUUUCAACGGCGAGGUCGGCCUGCGCCUCUUCACCGCCGUGUGCAAGCACCUCAAGCGCCAGCGCAUCAGCACCGAGGGCGCCAUCAAGCUCAUCGCCGACAUGAACCUGUACUUUGAGUACAUCCGUACCCUCAAGAACCAGGACCUGCUGGCCUAUUUCAAGGCCCUGCGCGAGCUGAGCCAGAUCUACCUCAUCGACCCGCGCCACGCCAAGGAGAUGGCCACCAUCAUCGCCGACGGCGACCGCUUCGAGGGCGUCUUCCGCGCCGAGGAGGCCUACGAGUUUGCCCAGCGCCGCGCGGAUUGGUACCAGGUUAGGAAGGACGUCGAAAGGGCCAUGUACGGCAUGGAGUGUUUGUUGAUGUAG